AGUCCACGAGUGAGGUAAUUUAUCAUUCAUUCAUCACAUGAAAUGGCGCUAAGAUUGAGUAGCACUUUCUUUUCCGUUUCUGUUAUAGCUUCAAAUCAUUGUUCAACAAAACCCACUUUCAGAUUCAAAAUCACAACUCUUGCUGCUACAAAUUCAAUUACAAUGGCUUUCACUCAAACCCCAAAUUCAACUUCAACUUCCAAAAUCAUUGAUUCUCAUCUCCACGUAUGGGCUUCCCUUCAAGAGGCUAGUAAAUUUCCUUACUCUCCUGGACAAGAGCCCAAUUUACCCGGAAAUGUUGAUUUUUUGCUUCAGUGUAUGGAGGAAGCAGGAGUAGAUGGUGCACUCAUUGUACAGCCAAUUAAUCAUAGAUUUGAUCAUAGUUAUGUCACAAGUGUUUUGAAGAAAUAUCCGAACAAAUUUGUCGGUUGUUGUCUUGCCAAUCCAGCUGAUGAUGGAAGUGGGCUUAAGGAGUUUGAACAUCUUGUUCUCAAGGAUGGCUACCGCGCUGUUCGAUUCAACCCUUAUUUAUGGCCAUCUGGUGAAAAGAUGACAAAUGAAAUAGGGAAAGCAAUUUUCAAAAGGGCUGGUGAACUCAAUGUAUCAGUGGGCUUCAUGUGUAUGAAGGGGCUUGAUCUGCAUAUUUCUGAAAUUGAGGAACUGUGCACAGAAUUUCCAUCAACAGUUGUAUUGCUCGAUCACUUGGCCUUCUGCAAACCACCAUUAAAUGAUGAAGAAGGUCUUGUGUUUUCCAAGCUUUUAAAUUUAUCUAGAUUCCCUCAAGUAUAUGUGAAAUUCAGUGCACUCUUCAGAGUAUCAAGGACACAAUUUCCUUAUCUGGAUUUAUCUCCUCUCUUGUCCCAAAUAGUCUCUAGCUUUGGUGCCAACCAUGUAAUAUGGGGCAGUGAUUUUCCAUUUGUUGUUCCUGAAUGUGGCUACAAAGAAGCCAAAGAAGCAGUGAAACUUAUUGGCAAUCAAAUAUCUUUGCCUUCAUCUGAUUUAGAAUGGAUCAUGGGUAAGACUGCUGCACAACUUUUCCAAAGCCAAUUGACUGCUUCUGAGUAAGAUUUUUGUUGGGGGUGAGAAUGCUGUCUCUGGUUGAUCAUUACAAAACACUUUUAACACGCCUCAGGCUUCCGACAUUAAUCGCGUGAAUGGUCCUACUUUCACUACAACUUAAUAGAAGCUCCAAACCAAACUUUUACAGCAUUGUUGUGUUCCACUGUUGAUUUGGUGUAAUCAUGUAAUAUACAUUUUAUUUAUAUACUAGUAGUUCUUUAGAAUAAGAUUUGCUAUCAAGAGUAAUUAAAGAAAAGGCAAAACAUUUAUAAAAGCAAACUUCAUUGAUAGGCAAA